UUUUCAGAUAUAGAAAAUGUCGAUUGCAAUAGCCCAAUGCAAGCAUAUUUUUGGGCUGAAAGGAGACGUAGCCGGAAAUGUGGCCUUCAUAGAUGAAACGAACAUCGUUUACCCUUCUGGGUCGAACAUAGUGCUGUAUAACAUAGACCAGAAGAUCCAAAGAUUUAUUGCCUGUACUUCAGAGAAGAGCGAGGGAAUCACUGCUAUGGCUCUGAGUCCUAACGGAAAGUUCUGUGCAGUUGCCGAGAAGGGGUCCAAAGCGACCAUCACCAUCUUCGAUCUUCACAGUCUGAGGAAGAAAAAACUCCUCUCUCACUCGGAACUCCAGUCUACUGAGUUCGUGUCUGUCGCUUUUAGUCCGGAUUCAAAGUACCUGCUGGCCCAAGCUGGAAGACCCGACUGGCAACUCAUCUACUGGAACUGGGAGAAGUCGAAAAUCAUGGCCAAAAUUACCGCAAGUCAGAACCCCGCCAAUGCAAUACAUCAGGUUUCGUUCAACCCACACGACAACACUCUGGUAGUGGCGGUGGGAGAUCAGACUAUCAAACAGUUGAGAUACACUGAAGGUGCAUUCAAACAGAGUGGGUUCCAGAAGAUAGAGCCAGCUAACUACACUGCACACUGUUGGGCCGCAGAGGACAGACUGAUAGUGGGAACUGACCAGGGCAGACUGCUUGUGUUCGACAACGGAGAACUCAAGGUAGACUACAGCGUACAUUCGGAGAUGGCAACACACGCAGAGUACACUUCCAGGAGUGACACUGACGCCGGCAGUAAUGUGGAUGGACUGCCUGUUCUGGACAUGGGCAGGGGGAACAUCAGGGGGGUAGUUGCGUACUCGAAGGGGUUCGCGGCCGCAGUUGAAGGGGGAUGCGCUAUUCUGUACGAAAAGAUAGAAGACACUGGGUUCUACAAACGCGCCAAGGAGAUCCGGAUUCCGAUGGACUCUAACAGUGAGUCUAUGUCUGGACAGGGGGGUGGUGGAGGGGGAGGAGGCAGUGCUGUUGGGGGUGCUGGUCAGGGUUCAGGGGGUGUGAGUCACGAGGUGGGGGCACUGGUGUUGAGUCCAGCCGAGGACACUCUCAUUGCGAGUACAGUGACUAACCAGCUGUUCCAUAUUUCACUCUCUGGCGCAGACUUCACCCGGGCAGGAGAAGUGGCGAAAUUUGACACUCUGGCUCAGACCUUCCAUUUUGGGCAGAUCACGGGGGCAGACAUCUGUGUUAGGAAGCCAUACGUGGUCACGUGCUCCAUGGACAAGAGUGUGCGCAUCUGGAACUACGAGACCAACCAGUUGGAGUUGUGGAAGGAGUUCGCGGAGGAGGCGCACAGUGUAGCUCUGCACCCCUCAGGACUGUACAUGCUCGUGGGCUUCAGUGACAAACUGCGCCUCAUGAACAUCCUCAUAGACGACAUCCGCACAUUCAAAGAGAUCACCAUCAGGGGCUGCAAAGAGUGUGCGUUCAGCAACGGGGGCAGUAUGUUUGCAGCUGUGCAGAACACUGUGAUCCAGAUCUACUCCUCUGUGACCUUCGAGAACCUCUACAACCUCAAAGGUCACAACGGAAAGGUGAAGCAGGUAGUUUGGAGUGGGGAUGACAGCCGGUUGGUGUCCUGCGGGCAGGAGGGGGCAGUCUACGAGUGGGAGAUCCUCUCUCAGAAGAGACUCAACGAGAUCAUCAUGAAGACAUGCGCAUUUUCCAGUGUCACUUCCUCGCCUGAGAGCAAGAGUAUGUAUGCAGUUGGAAAUGACAAGACCAUCAAAGAGAUCGCCGACUCGCAGAUCAUCCGGGAGGUUGACAUGUCUCAGUCGGAACAGACUCAAAUUGUGUUGUCACACGGGGGCCGAAUGAUGUUCACUGGCAACAAUACUGGCAUGCUCAGAUGUAUCAAGUUCCCCCUCACAGUGCCAGGGGAGUGGCAAGAGUAUCAAGCACAUAGUGGAGCCAUUACUCGAAUGAAGAUCAGUUUCGACGACCAGUUCCUGUUCACGUGUGCGGCAGAUGCGACAGUAAUGGUGUGGAAGAUCACAGACAAAGAGGGUCGCAGUAUGAAAAGAGAUAAAGAGGUGCCGUUCUCGGAGGAGAUUCUGGUCACAAAGUCAGACCUCGAAGAGAAGAAUGCUGUGAUGAGUGAGCUGCACACUCGGGUGGAUGAGCUGAAGAUGGAGAACGAGUACCAAAUGAGGAUCAAAGAGAUGAGCUACAAUGACAAGAUCAAAGAGCUCACAGACCGCUUCAUGCAGGAGGUUGAGGCCCAGAAGACCAAGGCACAGGUGUACAAGACAGAGAAGGACCAGAUAGUGGGGAAGAAUGAAGAGAACCAGGUGGAGAUGAUGGAAAAACACCAGAAGGAGAUGCAGGACAUAGAGAACACGAAUAACCAGAAGUUGAUGUUGGAGUACGAAAAGUACCAGGAGCUACAGGCGAAGAGUCAGAAGAUGCAGGAGGACUACGAGAGACAGCUGCAGGAGCAGGAAGAGAGUCACUCUCUGGCCCUCCACCAACAGACAGAACACUACGCCAAGAGACUGGAGGAGAAGGAAGCCCAACUAGCACAGGCCCAGAUGGAGGCGAAGGAGGCUCAGCGGGAGAGUGAGGAGACCAGGAAGCAGAUAGAGGAGGACGGGGACAGGGAGAUGCUGGACACGAAGAACAAGUACGAGAAGCGACUCAGAGACGAGCAGGAAACGAACCUCAAACUCAAAAACGACUCGGGCAUUAUGCGCAAAAAGCAUGCUAGCCAGGCGAAGAUUAUUGACGAUCUGAAUUUGGAUAAGACGAAACUAAACAGUGACAUCCAGAAGUUGAAUGGACUCAUUAAGUCUCUAGACAAGGACAUUAGUGGACUGAAGAAAGAAAUCAAGGAGAGGGAUGAGACCAUACAAGAUAAGGAAAAGAGAAUCUACGACUUGAAGAAGAAGAACCAGGAGUUGGAGAAGUUCAAGUUUGUGUUGGACUACAAGAUCAGUGAGUUGAAGAAGGUCAUUGAACCCAGAGAGACCCAGAUCAAGGAGAAGAAUGAGCAGAUUCAGCAGAUGGAGAGCGAGCUUGAGAGGAUCAGCAAGAGCAAUGAGCAGUUGGACCUGGACAAGCGACAGUUGAGGCAGAAACUGAAGGCCACAGACCACGAGAUGAGAGACCAGCGCACCAGGGUACGUGAGAAGGAUGAGAGAAUCAAGCAGUUCCAGGCGGAUUUGCACAACACAGUUGGACUCAUCCAGGAACCCAAGAGACUCAAGGACUCCAUCAAGGCACUCUAUGUCAAGUACGCCGACCAGACAGUGUCCCACUCGGGUGGAGCAUCGGGAGGCGCAGGGGAGGGGUCCGAGGGUGGUUCCGGGGGAGACGGGAACGACAUCCAGAAAGAGUACAGUCGACAGAGGGAACACUUGGAGAGGUCGGUGGCGUCUUUGAGGAAGAAACUGUCCAAGGAUACCGAGAUCCACCGAGCAGACAACGUCCGCAUCAUGCAGGAGAACGUGACCUUGAUCAAAGAGAUCAACGACUUGCGCCGAGAACUGAAGAUGAGUCGGUCCAAGAUACACGACUACGAAGCGCAGCUGGGAAUAGCCAACAAGAAGAAUGCGGCGGCCGGGGGGUCCAAUCUGCCAGAUGUGGCACGUGACGCCGGAAUGAAGAGGUCCAGUUCGGCCAUGCUCACUGGGGCUACUUUGACGGACGAGCAAGGGCAACGCAUUAUAGAGAUGCAGCGAGAAGAGAUCGGCAGGUUGCGAGGUCAGAUGAAUGAAAUGGAGGAACAAAUGGCUCACAGACCCACUUCUGGGAACCGGCUACCGCCAAUGGCCGGUACAGCCACAGAAUAGACGACUGACCCCCCCCCCCCCCCCUCUACCUUCCAAGUACAAAACAGACAGUUCUAGGGGGCGAUGAUUUAGUUAAUGAAAAGGACCUUCAGAAGACCUUUAGCAGAACAUUCUCUGGCUAGAAUAGAAUAUAGAUAGCCCCUCUCACUCUAGGACUCAGUAUAAACUAGGAAAACGACCGACCGCUUGUUAAAACACAAAUCUGGAUGUCAAAGUCAAAUAUUAGUUGUCAAUCAAGUGGCACCAAGCCCUAAAGUAUUCUUGAAAAGAUCUAAUCAGAUUAAAUUUUUUUCUUUAAGAUAAAUAAAUGAGAGCUUUUUAACUAAAUAACCACUAAAUGAACUUAUUUUAUGGUUAGCAAAGAGAGUUUGUUUUGACGAGCGGAAAAAUGGUUGUUACUUUGUUUCUAUUUCGUAUCACUCAUCCAAAUCAUAUCCUAAUAAACCAAUUUGAAUCAAAGUCUAUAUUUGUGAUAAAUUCAAUCUCCAAUUGUAA